GCCCGCAGCAACCCACGGCGGCUUCCUCACUUUCUUCUUUCGCUACCCAACACUCGCUCCGCUCCGAGCAGCCGCCACUUCGGAAACUUUGAAGGCGGAGGUCCAGCGGGGAAGAACAGAGAAGCCGCCUUUCUCGGCUGGCUUAGUGGCGGCUUGGAUUAAGCAUUCAAUUGGACGCUUCAUUCGCGCAGUUCUAAGGGUAAAAAUCAACGGCAAAGGGAAGCGCGGUUCGGUUGCCGCUCGGCGCUCCUUCCUCUCUAAAGUUUCGGGCUUCGCGAGCGGGAUCCUCCGUCGCCCAGUUGUACUUCAUUCUGCGGCGGGACGCUCGAAGUUUAAGGCUGUUCUUUCGAGGACUUCGAGAUCGCUUGGUGCGGUCUAAGAAAAAGGCGGGUCCUUAGUUGAACGAGAUUCUAGUUCUUAUUCCUUGAGUUUAAACAAAACAAAGCAAAACGCCCGAUAGCGCCUGCCAUGUCCGAGGAGCGAGGGAAGACAGAAGAGUGAUCCUGAACUAUGCGAUCCCUGAACAUCACCCCGGAACAGUUCGCGCAGCUCUUGCGCGACAACAACGUAACCCGCGAGCAGUUCAUCGCGCUCUAUGGGCUCCAGCCCCUGGUCUACAUCCCGGAGCUACCCGAGCGCGCCAAGCUGGCCUUCAUCCUCACUUGCGCGGCCAUAUUCGGCCUGGCGCUCUUCGGGAACUGCCUGGUGCUCUACGUGGUGACCCGCCGCAAAGCCAUGCGUACCGUCACCAACAUCUUCAUCUGUUCGCUGGCCCUCAGCGACCUGCUCAUUGCUUUCUUCUGCGUCCCUUUCACUUUGCUGCAGAAUAUCUCCAAUAAUUGGCUGGGAGGUGCUUUUGUCUGCAAGAUGGUGCCAUUUGUGCAAUCUACUGCAAUAGUUACUGAGAUUCUUACAAUGACUUGUAUUGCUCUGGAAAGGUAUAAUGGCAUUGUUCACCCUCUAAAAAUGAAAUGGCAGUACACCAACAGAAGAGCAUAUACAAUCUUGGGCAUUGUUUGGCUGUUGGCUGCUGCUGUUGGUUCACCAAUGUGGCAUGUACAAAGAGUGGAGAAUAAAUAUGACUUCCUUUAUGAAAAGAAAUAUGUUUGCUGCUUGGAAGAAUGGCCAAGUCCUGUCCACCAAAAAGUUUAUGCCACUUUCAUUUUGGUCAUUCUUUUUCUUCUCCCAUUGAUGCUGAUGAUAUUGCUGUAUAGCAAGAUUGGUUAUGAGCUCUGGGUUAAAAAAAGAGUUGGAGAUGCUUCUGUUCUCAAGAGCAUUCAUGCAAAUGAGAUGUCUAAAAUUUCUCGAAAAAAGAAGCGAGCAAUCAUGAUGAUGGUGACUGUGGUGGUUUUGUUUGCUAUUUGUUGGACACCCUUCCAUGUAAUGCACAUGUUGAUAGAAUACAGUAAUUUUGAAAGAGAAUAUGAUGAUGUCACUAUUAAGAUGAUAUUUGGAAUUGUUCAGGUAAUUGGAUUUGCUAAUUCUAUUUGCAAUCCAAUUGUAUAUGCCUUUAUGAAUGAGAACUUCAAGAAGAACUUUCUUUCUGCCAUUUGCUUUUGCAUUAUGAAAGAAAACUUGUCUCCAUUCAGACAACACAAAAACUUGAAAAUCACAAUGAUGCAGCAUGAGGAAGGGGUCUGUAGAAGAGAGUUGGUCUCCCUGCAAGAGACUAGAAGAGAAGCAUUCAGUGAAGGGAACAUUGAAGUAAAGUUCUAUGAUCAAUCCUUUCCCAAAAAAAUCUCUGGAAGACAUCUUGCUUUGUCCUCAUCAGAAUUCACUGGGCACACUUCCCUGGAAUCCUAGCAAAAAUAGAUCUUUGUGUUCCAAUAUUUGACAAUGGUUUUUCAAAUGUUAUAUUUAAAAUGCUUUGCUAAAUAUACAUAAUACGAAGAUGUUUUGUGUCUGCCUCAAUUAAGGCUGCUAUACCAGGUAAAGAUAUGGUCAUCACAGCAUAAGGCAAAUAGCCCACAAUGGUUGAUUUUCAUUGCCUGAGACUGUUUUCUUUUUCCAUUUGUUUUUUAAAAGAUUUAUGUCAUUUUCUCUUGUUUUAUUGUGUGUUCAUUUGCUAGAUGAACUGUAUUUGGACUAUAUGUUGCCUUAUUGCCAAUCAGUGUAUAUAAUAGAACAAAUUGCAAAGAAACCUAUGAUCAGAAAUCAUAGUUAUGAAGCUAUUUGAUAUCCUAAAAGUCAGUAUUUGGUUAUUUUUUUUAAAUGAAUGUUAUUUAAUUAUUGAAUGUUUCCAUCUUGAAUAACAAAGAAAAACAACUGGAAACUGCAUCCUCUAUGGAAGCAGAGAUGCAUUUCUUUAAGCAACCUUAAAACCAAUUCAGAAAUCUUUCUUUGAUUUCAGUGGAUCUGAAUAUCAGCUAUUAAUUAAACACUACAUAACAUAGUUGAUAUGGUGAAGUCAAUGUUAGUCUGAUAAGGAAUAAAACUAAUGGCACUGGCUUUCCAAGACACACAACAAUGUUGAUUAAAAGCAAUUCAGGAUCUGGCAUGGCAGAUCUUCUCAACAGAUUAGAUUGCAAAUACUUUUCUCCAAAAGUAAAGA